GAUGUGGCUUCAAUCCGCUCCAUUGUCAACACCGUUAAAACGCCAUCUCCUACUAAAAUUUUUGCCUCGCAAACUGAAAAAGAGAGAGAAGAAAAGAAAAGGAAAGAAAAGAAAAGAAAAGAAAAGAGGAGGGCUCAGCUGGUUAGCUUUGAGCUUUAUAUGUAGUGUGUAUUUCUCUUACACUUGGUUUGCAUAUUUCCAGGUUAAUGAAGCCUAAUCAAUCUUCAUUCAAUUCCCAAGAAUCCCAUAAACACGACCUCCUAAGUCGAAAAACUUUCGUGUUUUUCUGUCCAUUCUAGGUUUCUUACUUUGAUCAUCUUUUCCCUGUACUGUGCUCACCUGCGGCUAGGGGUUCUAAACCAACCAAAGGAACAAUAAAGAAAAAGGACUUAUUUGGAGCUCGGGAACUUCGCUAAUCGAGUUCUUGUAUCAUCGGUUCUUAAUUUCUAUUAGUAGGUUGAUAUAUAUAUGUUUGGUGGGUGGUUUCAUUGCGAGUACCUUUAGGAUCGGUAUACAAGGCAAGAUCUCAGCUUAAUUUCGACGAUUAGAGGUGAUUAUGACAUUAGAUUAGCUCCAAGCUUCCAAGAUCGAGCAUUGCUGUAAUGGUUAUUAGAAUUUAUCGUGAGGAGAGGAAGAAUCGCUGUAUCAAAAAUGACUUUCGCAAAGCUCGACGACUCUCCUAUGUUUCGCAAGCAGGUAGGAUAUGUUGAUUUUAAUUUAUCUGCAGUACAAGUGGCUAUUCAUAAUUUAUUUGGUCAAACAGAUGCAAUCCUUGGAGGAAAAUGCCGAAUUGCUAAGGGAGAGGAGUCUAAAGUUCUACAAAGGAUGUCGAAAAUACACUGAAGGACUAGGUGAGGGAUAUGAUGGGGACAUUGCCUUUGCUAGUGCUCUAGAAGCUUUUGGUGGAGGACAUAAUGAUCCUAUUAGCGUGGCCUUUGGAGGCCCUGUUAUGACCAAAUUUACUAUAGCCUUGAGAGAAAUUGGGACAUAUAAGGAAGUUCUUCGAUCUCAGGUUGAGCACAUGCUGAAUGACAGAUUACUACAAUAUGUCAAUAUUGAUUUGCACGAGGUGAAGGAAGCAAGGAAGCGUUUUGACAAGGCUAGCCUUCUUUAUGAUCAGGCCCGUGAGAAAUUCUUAUCACUGAGGAAGGGCUCAAAGACUGAUGUAGCUAUUCUAUUAGAGGAGGAGCUUCAUACUGCGAGGUCUGCAUUUGAGCAAGCUCGCUUUAAUCUUGUGACUGCACUUUCUAAUGUUGAAGCAAAAAAGAGGUUUGAAUUUUUAGAAGCAGUCAGUGGCACAAUGGAUGCACAUCUUCGUUACUUCAAGCAGGGGUAUGAGUUGUUGCAUCAAAUGGAGCCAUAUAUAAAUCAGGUUCUGACUUAUGCUCAACAGUCAAGAGAGAGGUCUAACUAUGAGCAGGCAGCUCUUAAUGAAAGGAUGCAAGAGUACAAAAGGCAGAUUGAUCGUGAGAGUAGAUGGUCUUCCCAUGGUUCCAAUGGAUCUUCCAAUGGAGAUGGUAUACAGGCCAUUGGUAGAAGUUCACAUAAAAUGAUAGAGGCGGUAAUGCAAUCUGCUGCAAGGGGAAAGGUCCAAACCAUUAGGCAAGGUUAUCUAUCAAAACGUUCCUCGAACUUGCGAGGUGACUGGAAAAGAAGAUUUUUUGUUCUUGAUAGCCGGGGAAUGUUGUAUUACUAUCGGAAACAAUGUAGCAAAUCAUCUGGUUCUGGCAGUCAACUUUCUGGUCAAAGGAAUAGCUCUGAGCUUGGAUCUGGAUUGUUGAGUCGGUGGCUGUCUUCUCAUUAUCAUGGAGGAGUACAUGAUGAGAAAUCCGUUGCUCACCACACUGUGAACCUUCUUACAUCAACAAUCAAGGUUGACGCUGAUCAGUCAGACUUGCGGUUUUGCUUCAGGAUUAUUUCACCAACAAAAAACUACACUUUACAGGCAGAGAGCUCACUUGAUCAAAUGGAUUGGAUUGAAAAGAUAACAGGGGUUAUUGCGUCAUUACUCAGCUCUCAGGCCCCUGAGAGGUGUCUACCUGCUAUUUCUAUGGGAAGUGGUCAUCAUCGGUCUGCCAGUGAGAGUAGUUCAUUUGAAAGUGCUGACUUUGACCACUCUGCUGUUGAUGAGUUUACAUCUGAGAGAAGCCUUGCUGGUUCACAUCAUGAAAGGUCAUCAAGAAUUUCACAACAACGAUCCAGCGCAGAGAAGCCAAUUGAUGUGCUGCGAAGAGUAUGCGGGAAUGAUAAAUGUGCUGAUUGUGGGGCCCCAGAGCCAGAUUGGGCAUCCCUAAAUCUUGGUGUUCUUAUUUGCAUUGAAUGCUCUGGUGUUCACCGUAAUCUUGGUGUGCAUAUAUCAAAGGUACGGUCCCUCACACUUGAUGUCAAAGUAUGGGAACCUUCUAUUAUAAGUUUGUUUCAGUCUCUGGGAAAUGCCUUCGCAAACUCAGUCUGGGAGGAGUUAUUGCAAUCAAGAAGCACCUUCCAGGCUGAUCUUAUCCCCACAGGCUCAUACAAGUCUGAUAAAUCGCAGCUGCAUUUUAUCAACAAACCCAGUCCAGCUGAGUCUAUUGCAGUAAAGGAGAAGUUUAUCCAUGCAAAGUAUGCAGAAAAGCUGUUUGUUCGCAAGCCUAGAGAAAGUCAGUAUCCUCAUUCAAUGUCCCAACCGAUGGCAGAAGCUGUUCGUGCUAAUGACAAGAAAUCUGUUUACCGUCUUAUUGUUAAUCAUGAAGCAGAUGUCAAUGUGGUUUACGAGCAACCAUCUUGUAGCACUUCUCUAACCCUUGCUAGAGUGAUGCUAUUACAAGAGCAGGCAGGCCUUGAUCACUGCUCUAGCUGCUCAACAGGGAAUUCAUUGGACAGGUCCUCCACUAGCUCUUUAAAUUUGGCUGGUACUGGUGAAGGUCGGACCUUGGAGGAUCUAGAUGGGUGUUCCUUGCUACACCUUGCCUGUGAAACUGCAGAUAUUGGCAUGUUAGAACUCCUCUUACAGUAUGGUGCAAAUAUAAAUUCAACCGAUUUGCGAGGUCAGACACCACUGCAUCGUUGUAUUCUUAGAGGCAGAGCUACAUUUGCAAAAUUGCUACUUUCAAGGGGAGCAGAUCCUCGGGCUGUGAAUGGGGAAGGUAAAACCCCUCUUGAGCUCGCCAUAGAGUCAAACUUCGUCGACUCUAAUGUCCUCACUCUAUUAUCAGAUGCAAAUGGGUGACAUGCUAAGUAAGGAAUAAUAAUUAAAGGUGAAUUACUAUGAGGUUGGGGAGUUAAAACUUGAUAAUGGUAUUGUUUUUUCUGCAAGUAUAUAUUGUAAGUUGAAGGGGCUGGUUCUCCAUUGAAGGUGUCUCAACGUCUGAAAUAGAGGAGAGUGGUAGGUUGGCAUGCCUGCCCCAUGGGGUAUCUGUGCAAAUUAAUUAGUCCGACCCUCAGGGUUGUAUUUUAUGCUGCCCCAUCUGAGUGAAGCGGCUCGUAUAAUGUCAUUUGUUUUCGCUUCAUGAGCUAUGUUCGGUUCCUUGCGUGGUGGAGCUGUGAGGAUUUAGUUUAGGGCAUCGUGUAUUUGUAAAUUGAUUUUAUUUUUGGUUUGAGUCUAAACGAUUGGAUUGGAUUGGAUAUAGUUGUUCAUUAAUUCCAUCACAUAUUUUGUUGUGCGAUAAAUGAUUCACAAGUUAUUUUUUAUGUAAUGAUGGCAUUUGAAUUUCAGAA